AUGUCUUAUCAAGACGUUCAUCCAAACAAAUAUUUCGAAUUUCGAAGUAUCUGCAAAUACUACAUUGAUUCAUAUAAUGCUUUGUAUCAGCUGAAAACGGAAAAAGAAGAAGAAUUAAAGUCAAUUUACAAAAUGAUCAAAACAGAAUUGAUUGAUUCAAAGAAAUAUCCACCCCAAAAGAUUUUAAGAGACAUUUCAAGUAUCAUUCCGUAUAAUAAUCGCUAUAAAAAGUCAUAUUUAACUCUCAUUAAACUCAUCUAUGAUGAUUAUCAUAUAACAGAAGUCAUCAAUGUUGAAACCAUUUUAAUCGUCAUGUUUUAUAAAGAAUAUGGAAUUAAAUUAGACAGUUCUCAUGACUUCGAAAAAUUUGAUUUUGAAAAUCUUGAUAUUCAUACAGAAGAUACAAUUUACAGAGCCAUUAUGAAUAAUGAUAAAGAAAAAUUCAUAUUCUUAUCGGAAAAAGAUGAAUUUGAUGAAAAUCAAAGACUUAAAAGUAGUUUAUAUCCAUUAACUUCGGAAGGAUAUUCAUUACUUGAAUUAUGUUGUUACCAUGGAGCAGUUGAUUGUUUCAAGUUAUUAAGAACAAAAUUUAACUCAGAAAUAACUCAAAUAUGUCUACAAUUUUCAUUUUUAGGAGGAAAUCCAGAGAUUAUGAGUGAAUGUUUGAAAUAUCAAGAGCCUAACUAUUAA